GGGAGAAGCACACCAACUGACCUGAGUGCAGCCAGAGAGGUUGAGGUGGAUGAGAUUGUGGCAGCCUUUUCCUGUGGUCAGCUCUUGUUACUGUAAAGAAAAUCUUAGCAGGGCUCAGAAUGCGUGUGGCCUCUCUUCUUGUGGCCUCCCUGUUCCUGCUGCUGCUGUUGCUCCCGUCCACCCAGAUGAAAAGAAAGGGGAAGGGCAGAGGCCUCAGAGGAGCUCGACAAAAGCUCACACUAGACAGGGUAAGAGGAUCUGGGCGCCUCAACAGAUCAGGCCUCUCCCUGCUUGUGUCACCUGAAUGUUUAGAGUCGACAGAAUCUGGAGAUGUCUUUGUGGACUGUCAAGACCGACGUCUUACCUCCAUUCCCAAGUCACAGACCUGGUCCAGAGAGCCAAAGCACUUCCUUCUAGCACGUAAUCAGAUCAAAGUCCUUCGUGAUGGGGCAUUCUUUGGAUAUGAGAGUUUAACCAGUAUAGACCUGCAGCAGAACCAGAUCUCUUUAGUAGAGGAAGGGGCCUUCAAGGGCCUGACACGCCUUACAACCCUGCUGCUGCAGCACAAUCGCUUGGAAACACUUAGCGAGGAGGCCCUCAUCCCAAUGCCACACCUACGCUACCUGCGCUUAUACGAUAAUCCCUGGAAUUGUCUCUGCCUGAUGGAUAGUCUCAUACGCACCAUCCAGAUCCCAAGCAACCGUAAUCUAGGAAAUCAUGCCAGGUGUGCAGAGCCUAUCAGGCUAAAAGGCAUGAAACUGAAGCAGGUUGACCCCGAGUUACUCUGUAAGGAGUCAGACCCAACCAAUGAGACACGGGGCAACCAAACAGACACCACUCACCCUGUAAAACCCAGUCCAAUACGCACCAAACCAGAUGCCACCACAUCUUGCCAUACCUACCUUUUCCCUGAAAUAUGGAUGGACUGCAGUAGAAAAGGUCUAACUGAGGUGCCCACAGGUAUUCCAGAGGACGUUGUUCGUAUUGAUCUGUCUCACAAUUCAAUCCGUCAUCUCAGAGCCAGAGAUUUCCAAAGUGCCAGGAGCCUCAGGAGCCUCAACCUCAGUAAUAACAACAUGGAGCACAUUGACACAGUUUCCCUGUCUGGGCUCCUGCACCUCCGUCAGCUGGACCUGUCUGACAACAGCCUGCAUUUUGUCCAGUAUGGAGUUCUUGAAGACCUUUACUUCCUGUCAAAGCUAAAAUUGGGAGGAAACCCUUGGGUGUGCAACUAUAGCAUCCACUACAUGGUGUACUGGCUGCGUCUGCACCAAGGGGUGAGGUACUCUGGCCUGCUGUGUCACUCCCCUCCUGAAUAUACUGGGGAGAGUGUGGAAGAGUAUAUGCAUUCCUACAACAGAGAGUGCCCAAAGGACAGGCAGCACAGCAGAACAGAUCAAGACCAAACAGACCCUGAGCUUUGGAACACAGCGAUGGAGGCGCAGGCAGAACUGGAGGAGGAGUUGGAGCCGAGCCACUUGAGAGCACCGCAGAAAUAUCAGAUUUUCAGACUGUCCUGAUUUAAGUGACAUUUUGACUUUAAAUAGGCUUUUUGUUUUCCUUUCUUUUGUUUCCUUUCAAAUUUCUAAGACAGUCUGUAUCAGAUGGAGAAACUCCAUUUCUUUCAUGUUUUGUUUGUGUUGUGUAAUCAAAUAUAAGACUUGUCAACUUAUUGACUGUUUUGAUUAAUUAUUACUAUUAGAGCAUGACCUGUAUAAGCAUGUGUAGACUAAAGUGGAGCAUAGAUAUUGGACAUAAAACACAUGGCAAAAAAAAUAAAAAAUCAUGUCUGGCAUUAGGG